AUGGAUACGACCUCGGAUUUGACCAGAGGGCCGGUCCUUCUCUCAUUAUCCAUCGUCACAGCAUGUUUUGCUCUGGCAACAUGCGGUUUGCGACUCUUUGCUCGAUUCAGAAUAAGCCAUGAAAUAGGCAGAGAUGACUACGCCAUAGGCGUGGCUUCUAUUAUGGCUUUUAUAGGGACCAUUUUCAGCAUGAUAGAAGGCACAGCCGACACCUCUGCUCGCGCGAUCGAGUUCAAUAUCCUCGGCCAGCCAUUUUACUUGAUAACUGCCACACUGGCCAAGAUCUCCAUCUGCUUCUCCUUCAUUGCCCUGGUCGGCCUUGGGGGCUGGCGAACGCUGCUCUCGACGCUGAUUUUUGUCAUGGCCUUUACCGACUUCUGCUCUGCCCUGACGACGAACCUGCAAUGCCAGCCGCUGGAGAAGCUGUGGGAGCCUGAGCUGGAUGGGUCGUGCUGGGAUCCAAGCGUGCAGACUAACAUUGGGUAUUUCAGGGGCACGUUGUCUGCCCUUUCCUGGCUGAUGUUGGCCAUCAUGCCAUACUUCAUCCUUCGCGGGUUGGGACCUGACAACCGCGCCCUAAGGUGGCCAUUUUACGGCCUCUCGGCCUUGAGCUUGACCGCCGGCAUCUUCACGGCAAUCCAGACAUAUGAGACCUCAAACAUACCGAUGCAAACUGGCAUCUACACUUAUAGCAAUUUCCUCUCCACCCUCUUCUCCAUCUUUGAACAGAACAUCGGCAUCGUUGCUGCCAACUUUCUCCACGUGGGGCCCCUCUUCUCCCGCCGGCAGCGGCAGCUCGCCAGCCGGACCGACAGCGUCCACGACCCCUUCAAGCAGGGGCGCAGCGGCGGCGCCUCGCAUUCCUCGGGCGACUCUGGGAGCGUGCGGUCAGCGGGCCCGCUGGGUCGCUUGAAUGGCCUGGCGGGGACGUCCAAGUCGACGCUCGCCGGCAGUGGCGUGCAGGGGCGCGACAGCUUCGAGAUGGGAAUCGGUAGGACCGGCUCGACGCGCAGCGUCGUCCGCGGCGGCGUCGGGCGGUCGGCGAGCAGAAGUAGCAACAAGAGCGGCAGUGGCGAUAGCGGCGCCGACGAGGCGGGUCAGGAUGCUGCUGCGGGCGUCGGCGGCGGGCAGUGGCCGCAGGGAAUCAUCAUCAAGACGGUUGAGGUCGAGGUCACAGUCGAGGAGAACAGCCGCGAGUUGGACAAGAGUAAUACGCCGUCCAAGCAGAGCGGCGAGAACGAUUGGGAUCGGAUGCUUCGCGAUGGUCCACCGACACGAUAAACGCUUA